UCUUCAUUCACUCAAACAUAGAGAGAGAGAGAGAGAGAAAAAAAAAGGGUAAAGCAAUAGUAGCAGCACAGUCACAGUCGCCGCCGGAACUGCAACCCAUUUUCCACUUAUCGAAAAGGAAGGAACCCGAACCGACCCGGUUUCUUUUUUCUAAAGGAGGCGUAAGCACACUGUUUUCUUGUCCCCUCCGCAAAAAAAGAACUAGUACCAUCGUUUGUAACCGUAGUCGUUUUCCGUUGCAACGUUUGCUUCAGUUUCUGGCUCUGCAGGGAGUGGUUGUGCUGAUUCCCUAGUCCAUUUUGGUCUUCUUUUCUGGUUCUUGUUUGCUUCGCUGUUUUUGAGAUCCGCUACUCUUUGGGAUUCGUUGCUCCUUUUGCUGAGAUCUGUUUGGUUUCGAAGUUUCUGAGGUUAUCUGGUUUCUGGGUCGUGCUUGGUUUUUCAGUUUGUUGCUAAAUUCGGAGGUGAGCAAAAGUAAGAUACUGGAGUGGGUUACUUGCUCUUGGGUUUGAAAACGUUGUAUCAUGAAGUUUUGGGUUGAAGAUUGGAACUUGGGGUGGUGGGGUUUUGGAGGAUUGGAAGCGAAUGAAGGGUAGGGGUAAAACAAUUGUCUUUUGUAGUGAAACUGGUUUUGGUUGAGGAUUGAAACGGUGGGAAUCUUCUGAGCCUCUAAGCAUUUCUCGUUGAUGGUUGAGGCAAUUCAGUAUCUGGGGUGUUUGAGUUUUGUUUAGAUUCAAAUGGGUUUUGGUUGGUUACGGGGAUAAAGAUAAGAAGAAUGAUAUUCUGGUGUAGGAAGGAGGAGACGAAAAGGAUUGUUUUUUGGUUUGGGGUUCACCUUGUGGGAAUUUUGUUGAUGCUCAAUUUGUCUACUUAAGAGCUUAUUAAAUAAUUGAUUUUUGGGUUCGGCUUCAAAGUUGGAAAUUGCGGAAACUUUACUGAAAUGAAACUUUCUUCAGCUGGUUUUAGUCCUCCACCACAGGAAGGAGAAAAACGAGUUCUAGAUUCAGAACUCUGGCAUGCAUGUGCUGGUCCUCUUGUUUCUUUACCAGCUGUUGGAAGCCGCGUGGUCUAUUUUCCACAAGGUCACAGUGAACAGGUUGCCGUGUCUACCAACAGAGAAGUGGAUGGCCAUAUACCCAACUAUCCAAGCUUACCCCCGCAGCUUAUUUGUCAACUCCAUAACGUGACUAUGCAUGCAGAUACUGAGACAGAUGAAGUGUAUGCACAGAUGACCUUGCAACCUCUGAGUCCUCAAGAGCAAAAGGAGGCAUACCUUCCAGCAGAGUUGGGCACUCCGAGUAAACAGCCAACAAACUACUUUUGCAAAAUUUUGACAGCCAGUGAUACUAGCACUCAUGGGGGAUUCUCUGUUCCUCGCAGGGCAGCUGAAAAAGUUUUCCCUCCAUUGGACUUUUCACAACAGCCUCCCGCUCAAGAGUUAAUUGCAAGAGAUUUGCAUGGUAAUGAAUGGAAAUUCAGACAUAUAUUCCGGGGCCAGCCUAAGAGGCAUCUACUUACAACAGGAUGGAGUGUCUUUGUGAGUGCUAAAAGACUUGUUGCUGGUGAUUCAGUGCUGUUUAUCUGGAAUGAAAAGAAUCAAUUGCUUCUUGGCAUUCGACGUGCUAAUCGACCUCAACCUGUGAUGCCUUCAUCAGUGUUGUCAAGUGAUAGCAUGCACUUGGGGCUUCUUGCUGCUGCAGCUCACGCAGCUGCAACAAAUAGUCGUUUCACCAUCUUUUAUAACCCACGUGCUAGCCCAUCAGAAUUUGUCAUAUCGUUGGCAAAGUAUGUUAAAGCAGUGUAUCAUACUCGAGUUUCAGUUGGUAUGCGCUUCAGGAUGCUGUUUGAAACAGAGGAAUCUAGUGUGCGGCGAUACAUGGGCACAAUAACUGGCAUUAGUGACUUAGAUUCUGUUCGGUGGCCAAAUUCCCAUUGGCGCUCAGUCAAGGUUGGCUGGGAUGAAUCCACGGCAGGAGAGAGGCAACCUCGUGUGUCUUUAUGGGAAAUUGAGCCAUUAACAACAUUUCCAAUGUAUCCAUCUCCGUUCCCCUUUAGGCUUAAAAGGCCAUGGCCUCCAGGAAUGCCUUCAUUCCAUGCAGGCUUGAAGGAUGAUGAUUUUGGUAUAAAUUCUCCUCUAUUGUGGCUUCGAGACCCAGACCGAGGGCUUCAGUCUCUUCCCUUUCAGGGCGUUGGUGUUAGUCCUUGGAUGCAGCCAAGGCAUCCCUCCAUGGUGAAUUUGCAAACCGAUAUGUACCAAGCUAUGGCUGCUGCUGCACUUCAGGAUAUGAGAACUUUAGAUCCUUCGAAGCAGCAUGCUACUUCCUUACUUCAAUUUCAGCAACCACAGAACUUCCCCAACAGGACUUCUGCUUUAAUGCAGACCCAAAUGUUGCAGCAGUCUCAACAUCAGCAAGCUUUUCCAAAUAGUCAAGAAAAUCCACAUCCAUCCCAAUCUCAGGCUCAAACUCACACACAUUUUCAGCAGCAUCUACAGCAUCAGCACUCAUUCAAUAAUCAGAAUCAGCAUCAUCUUCUGCAGCAACAACAGCAGCCACAACCACAACAAGUGAUAGAUCACCAGCAGAUUUCAAGUGCUGUCUCUACAAUGUCUCAGUUUGUUUCAGCACCUCAAUCUCAAUCCCCACCCAUGCAAGCUAUCUCUUCAUUGGGCCAUCAACAAAGUUUUUCAGAUUCAAAUGGGAACCCUGCUACUACUGCUAUUGUUUCUCCCUUGCAUAGUAUAUUGAGUUCAUUUCCCCAGGAUGAACCAUCUCACCUUCUCAACCUUCCUAGAACUAGCUCUUGGGUUCCUGUUCAACCUUCAGGUGCAUGGCCCUCCAAGCGCAUUGCCUUGGAUCCUCUCCUCUCUUCUGGAGCAUCUCAAUGUGUUCUGCCUCAAGUGGAGCAGUUGGGGCAGCCACAGAGCACCAUAUCUCAAAAUGCCAUUACAUUGCCACCCUUUCCUGGAAGGGAGUGUGCAAUAGAAGGGAGCAAUGAUCCACAAAACCAUCUUUUGUUUGGUGUUAAUAUAGAGCCAUCGUCGCUUCUUGUGCAUAAUGGGAUGUCUAGCCUUAAGGGAGUCAGCAGUAACAGUGACUCACCAACCAUACCUUUUCAAUCAUCUAAUUACCUAAACACCACAGGUACAGAUUCUUCAUUGAAUCCUGGAAUGACACCCAAUAUUGGUGAAUUGGGCUUCCUGCCAACUCCUGAUAACGGGGGCCAAGGAAACCCACCAACCAAAACCUUUGUUAAGGUUUAUAAGUCAGGGUCCUUCGGGAGAUCGUUAGAUAUCACUAAAUUCACCAGCUACCAUGAGCUACGCAGCGAGCUUGCUCGUAUGUUUGGCCUUGAAGGUGAGUUGGAGGACCCUGUGAGAUCAGGCUGGCAGCUUGUAUUCGUUGACCAAGAGAAUGAUGUUCUUCUCCUUGGCGAUGGCCCUUGGCCGGAAUUUGUAAAUAGUGUAUGGUGUAUCAAGAUACUUUCCCCACAGGAAGUGCAGCAAAUGGGCCACAAUGGCCUCGAGCUUCUGAACUCAGUUCCAAUUCAGAGGCUCUCUGAUGGCAUUUGCGAUGACUACACCGGCCGUGAGGACCCAAGAAAUUUAAGCACUGGGGUAACAACUGUGGGGUCUUUAAACUACUGAAUGAUGUGACAAUCAAUACUAUGAAUUUCUUCUCUCUUGUAUUAUUAGCGUACUUCUUAACCCUUUGUGAAUGGUGGAAGUACUGUCUAGUUGUAGUUUAUAGGCUACUUAUAAACCUUUUGUUUUUGUUUUGUUUUCCUGUUUUUGCUGCUUAGGACCAUUCAUAAGCUAAACAGUGUAACUAUAUGGCAUUUUGUCAUUGUGCUAUCUACAAUAUAUUGAUUACUUAUUCUGUUAGGAACUCGAUGCCUGAAGAGAACUCUCUCUCAGCUAUCAUUGUUACUAGACAAUUGAAGGUGAUACAUAGGACUUACUGGACCUUUGAUGAGUGCUUUGGUAACUGUUUAUUUCAUGUAUGAAGAUCAAGAUAAGAAAGGACAUUGGAGAUGAUGUUGGACUUAUUGAUCUUUUUGAUAACUAAACAUUUUGGGAAAGGUUGAUGUGACAGUUGGAACGUGAAGAGGACACCAAAACCAUGUGAUGUGUCUCUCUAAAAAUACAAGGACGGUGAACAAAUCACUUCUUGCUUCCAUAAAUGUGAAAGUGAGGUCUUUGUAUUCUUUGUUGGUUUUGGGCAUGCACCCUUUCACUUUAGUUGUGAUGGCUUUGCUUAAUCAAUGGCAAAGCCGAAGCUGUACAUUUGUCCAUUUCGAUCUUUGCUAAUUCCUUCACGUAAAAAGUAUUUGGACUCUC